AAGAAGAAGAAGAAGAAGAAGAAGAAGAAGAAGAAGAAGAAAUAAUUAAUUAAAAAAGAAUGUCCACAUACAUUUACCAUGUGCCCCAGGAAUCCCACUCCCUUGUGUCCACUCAGAGAAAUGGUCUUAUAUUCACACAAGCCUGCACCCGAAAGCUUACAGCAGCUUUGUUCAUGAUUGACAAAAACCAGAGUCAGCCCAGCUGUCCUUCAGUGGAUGAAUGGAGAGACAGACUGUGGAAUGGAGCCGCUGAAGGGGGUUGACUGGACGGUCAUCAUCCUGACAUGCCAGUACAAGGACAGCGUCUCGGUCUUUCAGAGAGAGCUGGAGUUGCGGCAGAAGCGUGAGCAAAUCCCCCCGGCGACGCUGUUGCUGGCCGUGGAGGAUCCCGAGACGCGUGUGGGCAGUGGUGGAGCCACCCUGAACGCCCUGCUGGUGGCUGCUGAGCACCUGAGUGCCCGCUCGGGCUUCACCGUGGUUACAUCGGACGUCUUGCACUCAGCCUGGAUCCUCAUCUUGCAUAUGGGCCGAGACUUCCCCUUCGAUGACUGUGGCCGGGCCUUCACCUGCCUCCCUGUAGAGAACCCCCAGGCCCCUGUGGAAGCCUUGGUCUGCAACCUGGACUGCUUGCUGGACAUCAUGACCCACCGGCUGGGCCCAGGCUCCCCGCCAGGCGUGUGGGUCUGCAGCACUGACAUGCUGCUGUCUGUUCCUCCGAAUCCCGGGAUCAGCUGGGAGGGCUUCCGGGGAGCCAGAGCAAUUGCCCUUCCAGGGAGUCCAGCCUACGCCCAGAAUCACGGAGUCUACCUCGCCGACUCCCAGGGCUUCGUCUUGGACAUUUACUACCAGGGCACUGACGCGGAGAUUCAGCGGUGUGUCGGGCCUGAUGGGCGGGUGCCGCUGGUCUCUGGGGUCGUCUUCUUCUCUGUGGAGACCGCCGAGCACCUCCUGGCCACCCACGUGAGCCCACCCCUGGACGCCUGCACCUACAUGGGCUUGGACUCCGGAGCCCGGCCUGUCCAGCUGUCCCUGUUUUUCGACGUCCUUCUCUGCAUGGCUCGGCAUGUGAGCCGGGAGAACUUCCUGGUGGGGCGGCCGCCGGAGGUGGGGCAAGGCGAUGCUGGUGUCACAGGUCACCUGCAGGAUGCCCGGGCCCAGCUGUGGAGGGAGCUUCGCCACCAGCCUGGGUGGGUACUGCCUCUCGCCUAUGUCCCCAAUGGCAGCUACAGCUACUUGACCUCCUCGGCCAGUGAAUUCCUGCGCAGCCUCACACUCCCUGGGGGACCCGGGGCCCAGACGGUGCACUCACAGGUGGAGGAGCCGCAGCUCCUGGGGCCUGGGAGCUCUGUAAUCAGCUGCCUGCUAGAGGGCCCAGUCCGACUGGGUCCUGGGAGUGUCCUGCAGCACUGCUACCUGCGGGGCCCUAUCCACAUCGGCACUGGCUGCUUUGUGAGCGGCCUGGAUGUGGCACAGUCCGAGGCAUUGCGUGGCCUAGAGAUGCGUGACCUCGUCCUGCAGGGACAUCAUGUGCAGCUCCAGGGCGCCCCGGCUCGUGCCUUCACUCUUUUUGGCCGUCUGGACAACUGGGAGAGACAGGGAGCAGGCACGUUUCUCAACAUGUCCUGGGAGGAGUUCUUCAAGAAGACAGGUGUCCGAGACUGGGACCUGUGGGACCCAGACACACCCCCGGCAGAGCGUCGCCUCCACAGUGCCCGCCUGUUCCCUGUACUUCACGCUUCGAGGGCCCUGGGGCCCCGGGACAUGCUGUGGAUGCUGGAGGCCCAGGAGGAUGGGGGUGAGGCCCUGCGGGCCUGGCGAGCCUCCUGGCGCCUGUCCUGGGAGCAGUUGCAGCCAUGCCUGGACCGGGCUGCCACGCUGGCCUCCCGCCGGGACCUGUUCUUCCGCCAGGCCCUGCGUAAGGCGCAGCACGUGCUGGAGACCCGGCAGGACCUAAGCCUGCGCCCACUGAUCCAGGCUGCUGUCCGGGAGGGCUGCCCCGGUCCCCUGCUGGCCACGCUGGACCAGGUUGCAGCUGGGGCAGAAGACCCUGGCGUGGCGGCACGGGCGUUGGCCUGUGUGGCGGACGUGCUGGGCUGCAUGGCAGAGGGCCAGGGAGGCUUACGGAGUGGGCCGGCUGCCAACCCCGAGUGGAUGCGGCCCUUCUCCCACCUGGAGUGUGGGGACCUGGCAGGGGGCGUGGAGGCACUCGCCCAGGAGAGGGGCAAGUGGUUGAGCAGGCCAGCCCCGCUCGUACGAGCUGCCCGCCACUAUGAGGGGGCUGGGCAGAUCCUGAUCCGCCAGGCUGUGAUGUCAGCCCAGCACUUUGUCUCUACGGAGCCGGUGGAGCUGCCGGUACCUGGGCAGUGGGUGGUGGCCGAGUGCCCGGCCCGUGUGGAUUUCUCUGGGGGCUGGAGUGACACACCACCCCUCGCCUAUGAGCUCGGCGGGGCAGUGCUGGGCCUGGCUGUGCGCGUGGACGGCCGUCGGCCUAUCGGGGCCAGGGCACGCCGCAUCCUGGAGCCGGAGCUGUGGCUGGCGGUGGGGCCUCGGCAGGACGAGAUGGCUGUGAAGAUAGUGUGCCGGAACCUGGAUGACUUGCAGGACUACUGCCAGCCCCACGCCCCAGGGGCCCUGCUGAAGGCGGCCUUCAUCUGUGCAGGGAUCGUGAGCGUCCGCUGUGAGAUCCCGCUGAGCGAGCAGCUGCAGCGCACCUUUGGGGGUGGCUUCGAGCUGCACACCUGGUCUGAGCUGCCACAUGGCUCCGGCCUUGGAACCAGUAGCAUCCUGGCAGGCGCUGCCCUGGCGGCUCUGCAGCGGGCUGCGGGCCGGGCGGUGGGCACCGAGGCUCUGAUCCAUGCAGUGCUGCACCUGGAGCAGGUGCUUACCACAGGAGGUGGCUGGCAGGACCAAGUGGGUGGCCUAAUGCCUGGCAUCAAGGUGGGACGUUCUCGGGCUCAGCUGCCACUGAAGGUGGAGGUGGAGAAGCUCGCUGUGCCUGAGGGCUUUGUGCAGAAGCUCAAUGACCACCUGCUCCUGGUGUACACUGGCAAGACCCGCCUGGCACGGAACCUACUACAGGAUGUGCUGAGGAGCUGGUACGCCCGGCUGCCUGCUGUCGUGCAGAACGCCCACAGCCUGGUGCGGCAGACUGAGGAGUGUGCCGAAGCCUUCCGCCAAGGAAGCCUGCCCCUGCUGGGGCAGUACCUGACCUCGUACUGGGAGCAGAAGAAGCUCAUGGCUCCAGGCUGCGAGCCCCUGGCUGUGCGGCACAUGAUGGAUGUCCUGGCGCCCCAUGUGCAUGGCCAGAGCCUCGCAGGGGCAGGUGGUGGGGGCUUUCUCUAUCUGCUGACCAAGAAGCCGCGGCAAAAGGAGGCUCUAGAGGCUGUGCUGGCCGAGACUGAGGGCCUUGGGAACUACAGUGUCCACCUGGUGGAAGUGGACACUCAGGGCCUGAGCCUGGAGCUGCUGGAGAGUGAAGCCUCGACCUGAUGCCCCAUUCCCGGAGCGCUCAGCCUUCCACUUCCCACCCACCGCUGGGAAGCUGCUCCCAGGUUCACCUGAGCAAGUCCUGGGCAAGCAGACGGCUUGGGAACAGGACUGUGACCUCCCGGCUGACGUGGCCUAGGCUGGGCCUCUGCCCCAGAUGGACAGAGCAAGGUUUUAUGCUUGGUGUCCCCUGUGGCCUUUACAACUCCCAUGGCAGCUUGGACCAUGGCCUUCCCACUGUCCACGGCGCCCUGGACGAAGAGGAUGUCAACCAGCCUCAGCUGGGGCACCGUGGGGAGGCUGACCCCGAAGAGCCCUCUGAGGCAUUUCCUGUGGCCUUCCUUUGAGCUGGACUCCACCCUUGCUCCCCAGCUCAUGGGGAGUGGGAGAGGUGGAGGGCCCAUUCCUGGCUGGCAGUGAGCCACGUGGUCCUGUAAGUCACUGCCAGCCCAGGCCUUAACCAGCAACACCAUGGACUGUGCCAAGUGACCCAGCACCGUGGGCAGCGGCUUCUCAAGACUGACACUCUUGGAAUAAAUUCAUACUGUCCUUAAAAA